UUUGAACGUCGUCUGUGUUAGAUAAAUGUAAACACAUUCGCUUCAGUUGGAGCUUCUUGAUUCAAUCCGUUACCAUGUGGCGAAUUGCAUCUGUGUUCUGGCUUCUUGUAGGUUUUGGUGUCGAUGAUGCUUACGGUCGGAUCGUGCCAGACGGAAGAGCUUGGAGGAUAUGGACAAAAACAUCGAAUAAAGAGCACGCCGGUACUAACGCCGAUGUGCACAUCAUUUUGAUUGACCCUGAUGGAGGAGAAUCCCCGCCUUUAUUCUUGGACAAUAUAUUACGCAACGAUUUUCAGCAAAAUUCUGUAGACCAAUUCAGCGUAUACGACCAGGUUAACCUCAAGGACGUAUGUGCUAUCAGAAUUUAUCGUGAUAACAGUGGCUCUUCCCCUGACUGGUUUCUCGAAAAGGUGUGGAUGAAAACUGCUGAAAUGAUAAACGAUCGCGUAUUCAAUGUCAAAAGCUGGGUCCCAACAAAACAAGAAGAGAUGGAAUCAUACUAUGAAGUACAGCGCACGCCACCGUGUAGCGCAGGUCCCCUGGAAUGAUGGAUCAACGUGGCAAGGGUAGACAUCGGAUGACAAGGAUGAAGAGAAGUAACUUGGCUUUGGAGCGGAUUUCCUGAGGUCAACUUACAGUACUGCAAACUGAAUUUUGUUUUCACCGUUAAACUUUGAAGGGAUCCAGGACUCCAAUAGUUGCUGAAAUUGCUUUUAUUUGUAGAAACUUGCUGGCAUGUCAUAAUAAAGAACGUUUCUUCAA